AGUUUGGGGACCAUGGAGACCCAGAGGGCCAGCCUCUCCCUGGGACGGUGGUCACUGUGGCUACUGCUGCUGGGACUAGUGCUGCCCUCGGCCUGUGCCCAGGUCCUCAGCUACAGGGAAGCUGUGCUUCACGCUGUGGAUCGCAUCAAUGAGAGGUCUUCAGAAGCUAAUCUCUACCGCCUCCUGGAGCUAGACCCGCCUUUCAAGGACGAUGAGAACCCAAAUGUCCCGAAGCCUGUGAGCUUCAGGGUGAAGGAGACCGUGUGUCCCAGGACAAGCCAGCAGUCCCCGGAGCAGUGUGACUUCAAGGAGAAUGGGCUGGUGAAGCAGUGUGUGGGGACAGUCACUCUGGACGUGGUGAAAGGCAAAAUGGACAUCACCUGUGAGGAGUUGCAGAGUGUUGGGAGAUUUAAACGAUUUCGUAAGAAGCUGCGAAAAUACAUUAAGAAAGUUUCUCCGUACCUCCCGCUACUCAGUCUUGGGUAAAUUGCGAGCCCAUGGAAGAAUCCUAUGCGUGUCCUCCCUGGCUCAGGCUUUUGGAUUCUGAGAAAGUAAAGUCUUCUGAAAACAA